UAUAUUAUAGAAAAAAUAUAUAAUAUAGAAAAACGGUCAAUAAUAUACACAUUCGGCCAGAUUCUGAUUCAGGUUUUUAGUGUGGAGUGAUUUUUGUGCCACCAACUGGAGUGUGCAGUGAUCAAUCUGCAAGAGCACAACGUCGUAUGCAGCCCUGCAGUCGUAUGCAGCCCUCUCUCUGCAUGCUCAACUCCGUCUCUGCCUGCACAAAUCUCCCUGCUGUUGCUCAAUUUGCAAUUUACAAAGCAAUGUAGCCUCUCCGUCAGCCAAUCAGAGAGCUCUCCAUUAUGCAAUCAAAGCAUGUCCAGGAAAUACUGGCAGGAAAAUUGCACUUUUUUCAGAUAAAGAGGACUUUAUAUAAUUAUAUUUAAUUAGGUUGAUUAACCCUCCUCUUUUCCUGGGACAUUUCCACUGUUCACUUCCUUUUACACAUCAAGGGAUCAUUUAUGUCUGACCAAACAGAGAAGAAACACUUUAUAUGUUGAAAUUAAAAGUCAUUUUUAACUGAAAAGAGUGCAAUUUAACAGUUUUAGGAAUAGGCAAUGUGUCUUUUCUGGAAGUCAAAUAUGGUCACCCUAAUCAUGACACAUGAAUUACAACAAAGUAUCUUGCAGGCAGUGGAUGGUGACUGGUAGCUAACCAGCAGCAGAAAGCAGUUUAAUAAGCUGUUAAAUGGGUGUUUUUCUGUAAAGCAGUGUUACCUGGACAUGCUUUGGUUGGAUAAAACAGAGCUGUCUGUGAUUGACUGUUGGAGAGGCUACUUGUUGAGGAGAGCAGGGAGAGAUUUGCAUGUGCAGAAUUGAUCCCAUAGAGAGGGCUGCAGCUGCUGCACACAAGCGCAGAACAGGUUCUGUUUGUGCAGACUCAUUACUGUACGCUCAAGUUGGUGGCACUAAGUCACUCAAUGAACUGGCUGGCUGGUUAAUCACGUCACUUCAGGGGAGUUUUCCGACCAUUUUACUUGACAUCAAAGCUUUUCAUUAUGGUUUGCGGCAUGUAAACAUGCUAGCGGAGUUAGCAUUAGCAUGUCGGUGCGGUAGCGUUUUCCUCUCUCGUCUGAACUAUAACCUUGAAAUGUUAACGGUAUGCUGCUGUUGCUGUCUUACCCUAAUGUGAUGUUGAGUGACUUACAUGAGCGCUGAGCAGGGUUUGCUCAUCGAUAUAUAGGUUUUUCUGUAUCACCCCACCCCCUGACUUGUCAACAAAGCUGCGGGCUUAAGGAAGUGGAGGAAGUUCUUUCUUGAUACUUCCUGUGUGCGACGGUGUAGUUCUAUAUUCAUUAAUUAUUAUUUUUGUUUCAGACUAAAAAACUCAUGUACCAAUUACACGUGUCGUGAUUGUGUUCAGCAUGUAGAUGUGAACAAAUAAAAAAAAGUUAACUGAAAAAAAUAAAAUAAACCAAAAUGAUAGGGGGGCUUGUGAUUAUUUUAGGGGGGCUGAAGCCCCCCUAAAACGGACCUAACGACGUCAGUGUUGGAGAGGUUACAUCUCCAAUCUGGUCCGGGAACGCCUUGGGGUCCUGCCGUAGGAGCUGGUGGAGGUGGCCGGGGAGAGGAUGGUUUGGAGCUCCCUAGUUGGGAUGCUGCCCCCGCGACCUGGACCCGGAUAAGUGGAGGAAUAGGAAGACGAAGCGCUUUUCAAGCAAAGUGCCACUCAAAGUGGUUUACAGAAUUAAAAUGACCCCAAAUUCCCACAACAGUUUAAACUUAACAUCAUAAUGCUUGUGGUGCAACGUAAACCCCAGAAGGCCUGAAGGUGAUGCUUCGGAACAUUACUGGGUGUCCAUGUCUCUGAGGCCCUCUCCUGCUCCAACACCAACAGGCAGAAGAACCUGUUACCAGACAACCGUCCAGACUGAUGAGUCGUAAAAUCUGCAGAACUUACAGGUUCAUUUGAACCAUGGAACCAGCAAGUAAACAUGAAUGGUAUUGAACAGCAGCUGUUUACUGUCUGUUCUCAGGGCAUGUUGACUCUCUGUGGCUGAUCUAGUGUCAGCAGGUCAACUGCUACUGCUUGUUCCCAUUUACAGGAGACAUCCUGUGCUAACUCCCCCGGCAGCAGAGAUGACAGAGAACGUCCCGGAGCACCAGGAGGAGAACAUAUCCGUCUGUUAUUGUAGGUGUUUUUGUUGGAGUUGGAGUCCCCUCUGGGACAGGAGGAGCUGACAUUUGGCUAAUGCUGAAGACACUGAUCUUUUCUCAUGCGGACUGUAUUACUUUGAAGUGGGGCACGUUCUUCACACACAGAUCAGUGAUUUCUCAUCUCCAAUAUGCACAGUGCUCAAGGAUGGAGCGACUCAGGAAGCGAAUCGAAACAAAAGAAAGGCCAAAGGGCGGACAUUAAGCUGACCCUCUGAGAUGUUCCCAUCCUUGUUUAGCUCCCCGUAUCAAGCUCCUCUCCUGCCUCGUGUUUGAUGAGUCAUGGCUGAUUUCCUUCACAGUCUUCAUUAGUUUCUGUGCAUCGACUAGGCCGCAGAUUUAAUUAUUGAUGCUGCUUUUGUCAGAACGGAGGGAUAAUCUGCAAGCCACAGAGCUGUGUGCGAAAGAGAGCCACUUGUCAUCUUGUUGUGUGCUGCAGCUUGGCCAGGAAGCUGGAGGAGAACAACCGUUUCCUGUUGCAUGUGUGAGGAUGUUCCUGCAGGCAGACACACCUCACUGUAGAUUUCAGUAGCUGCUGCUUCCUGCUAGAUAAAAUGGUUUAGUUCAGAUCGCUUAGAAGGACCAGAAAAUGGCUGGUUUUUUAUUUUAGACAAAAUCUAAAAGUAGUCCGUUCCUCUGUGUGUUAACACAAACAGCAGCAUCACUCGUGUUUCUUUGGACUCGUGUGGCUGAGUGCGGAGUGAAGGAGGAAUAAGCUGCUGUGCUGGUUGGUUGGUCAUGGAGGGACUGUAUGUCUUCACCUGCCAGCCUCUGAUGUGGAGUUGCAGUGAGUAGGAGGGCGCGACAUGGCAACGGAGUGGGCACCGGAUGAGGAGACCAGGAAGUCAUGUCAGAGCAAAGGCAAAACAGAGACUGAAUGUCAGAACUAUGUCAGGGUCCUGCUGGUGAACAAGACUGAGGUCAUGACCUGUGGCACCAAUGCUUUUCAGCCACUGUGUAUCACCAGAGAGGUGGGAAACAUGACCAGAGUGCUGGAGCGUGUGAACGGAGUGGCGCGCUGUCCAUACGACCCUCGGCACAACUCCACAGCCGUGGUGACAGAGAGCGGAGAGCUGUACGCCGCCACUGUCAUUGACUUCUCAGGCCGUGACCCCGUCAUAUACCGAAGCCUCGGCGGCAUGCCCCCACUAAGAACCGCCCAGUACAACUCCAAAUGGCUCAACGAGCCACACUUCAUCUCAGCCUAUGACAUUGGCCUCUUCACCUUCUUCUUCCUGAGGGAGAACGCCGUGGAGCACGACUGUGGCAAGACGGUCUACUCUCGCGUGGCCAGAGUCUGCAAGAAUGACAUUGGUGGACGCUUUCUCCUGGAGGACACCUGGACCACGUUCAUGAAGGCGAGGCUGAACUGUUCCCGCUCUGGAGAGAUCCCUUUCUACUACAACGAGCUGCAGAGCACCUUCUACCUGCCUGAGCAGGACCUCAUCUACGGCAUCUUCACCACCAACGUCAACAGCAUCGCUGCAUCAGCGGUUUGUGCCUUCAACCUGAGCGCCAUCACCCAGGCCUUCAACGGGCCCUUCCGCUCCCAGGAGAAUCCCCGCUCCACCUGGCUCCCAACUCCCAACCCCAUCCACAACUUCCAGUGUGGAACGAUAGACGACAAGGGUCCUAACGAGGGACUGACAGAGCGCAGUCUGCAGGACGCACAGCGCCUUUACCUGAUGAACGAUGUGGUCCAGCCAGAAUCUGUCGACCCGCUGGUCAUGCAAGAUGAUGUUCGGUUUUCUAACCUGGUUGUGGACAUUGUCCAGGGCAUGGACACUCUUUACCAUGUCAUGUAUAUUAGCACAGAAUAUGGCACCAUCCUGAAGGCACUGGCUACACGCAACAAGAACCUGCAGGGCUGUUACCUGGAGGAGAUGGAGCUCUUCCCACCUGGUGUGAGAGAACCAAUCUUGAGUUUGCAGAUUCUGCACAGCGAAAGGUCACUCUUUGUCGGGCUCAAUGACAAAGUUUUAAAGAUCCCACUGGAGAGAUGUUCCACCUACAGAACUGAGACGCUUUGCUUGGAGGCGAGGGACCCCUACUGUGGUUGGGAUUUCAGGCAGCGCACAUGCACCACGCUGGAGGAAAGCUCCAACAUGAGCCAGUGGAAGCAGAACAUCACCAUCUGUCCACUUCGUAACCAGACCAUCAACGGUGUGUUUGGACCCUGGUCACCAUGGCAACCCUGCAACAACGAAGACCCUCUGGAUGGUGUGAGCUCUUGCUUGUGCCGCUCCAGGUCCUGUGACAGUCCGGCCCCGCGGUGUGGAGGAAAAACCUGUGAAGGCCCCAUGAUUGAAGUGUCUAACUGUUCAAGAAAUGGUGGCUGGACACCCUGGUCGUCCUGGGGACAGUGCAGCACAACAUGUGGGACAGGCUUUGAGCUGCGUCAGCGUUCCUGUAACAACCCGUCGCCUCGACACGGGGGCCGUGUGUGUGUGGGGCCGAGCAGGGACGAACGAUUCUGCAACGAGGGCGUAUCAUGUCCUCAACCUAUCUUCUGGACCCCAUGGGGCUCAUGGACAAAGUGUAGCACAGAGUGUGGCGGAGGCGUCCACUCCAGGAUCCGAAACUGUGAGAACGGCAACACAUGUCCAGGAUGUGCACUGGAGUACAAAGCCUGCAACCUGGAAGCGUGUCCAGAGGUGAAGAGGAACACACCCUGGACCCCCUGGAUGCCUGUUAACGUAACACAGGGUGGCGCUCGUCAAGAGCAGAGGAUGCGAUAUAUGUGCCGGGCCCAUCUGCCGGAUCCCCAUGAGCUGCAGAUCGGACGGAGGAAAGUGGAGACGCGUUUCUGUCCAAAUGAUGGGACCGUGGUCUGUGAGACGGAUAGCCUUGUGGAGGAACUUCUGAAAACACCGGUGGUAAGAAUGGCUGGAGCAAGCUGGUCGUCAUGGGAAACCUGGUCGAGCUGUUCUCAGAGUUGUGCCAAAGGCUACCGGACCCGUCGACGUAGCUGUGCCGGACCGGAGGGGAAGAGCGCCCCUGUGGCAUGUCGCGGCUCUCCUGUGGAGUACCAGGACUGUAACGUUCAGGCAUGUCCUGUGAAAGGUGCAUGGUCCUGCUGGUCUCCCUGGUCCCAGUGCUCCGUGGGCUGUGGUGGAGGUCACUACCAGCGGACGCGCUCCUGCAACAGCCCGCCGCCUGCCAGCGGAGGAGACAUCUGCAUCGGCCUGCACACCGAAGAGGCCCUGUGUAACACACACCCAUGUGAUGACGUUGGUGCUGAAAGCAGGGAGCAGAUGGUGGGGGAGAAGCAGCUGGUCGGUGAUCUUGGGACUGAUAGGAAAGGUGGCUGGAUGGCCUGGUCUCUGUGGUCAGCCUGUGAUGACUCGGGCUUCCAAGCGAGGAGCCGAAUUUGUGGCGCUCAGAGCAGCAGCCCCUGUGUGGGGAACAGCACUCAGCGUAGAGACUGCAAUGAAAUACCCGUCAUUCUUCCUGCAUCUGGUUUUGACAAGGACCAACAAUGUGGAGCAUUCACCUCCAUCCACCUGAUUGCUACUGGUGUUUCCUGCUUCCUGGGGGCGGGGCUGCUCUCCUUCCUCAUCUACGUCUACUGUCAGAGAUUCCACAAGUCUUCGCAGGAGUCGGCCAUCAUUCAUCCCACCACCCCCAACCACCUGAACUACAAAGGCAACACCACACCAAAGAAUGAGAAGUACACACCCAUGGAGUUCAAGACGCUGAACAAGAACAACCUGCUGCCUGAUGAACGAUCCAACUUCUAUCCGACGCCGCUCCAGCAGACGAAUGUCUACACCACUACCUACUACCCCACACCGCUCGGAAAGUUCGACUACCAGCCCAACUCGUCCCCUUCACCAUGCAGAACCUACAACAACAGCAACAGCAGCAGCUGAGACACGGCCCACACCCCUUCCCUCAGACAGACAUCAUACUCCGCUACCAUGGUGACACAACUGAACCAACAUGGACUGAAAUGUUUUUCCUGAUCUUGCCAAGGUUAUAGACUCUCCUUCUGCAUGGUGGGGUUUGUGAUUUCAAGGCUGUUUGGGGAACUUUGAAUGGGAGAAGUGGGUUUGGACUACAAAACCUGUGUCCUGCUAACAUGGAGAACUUAUGCAACCAGCUGGGAGGUUGUUUUUAUUAGAAUGUGUCUGGGUAUUGCUGUGUCACUCCCUGCUUCAGGCAGGGGACAAAGUGGAAUAAAACAACUGAAAAAGGGCAAGUUCUGUCUUUGGGGAUAUUUUCACAACCACUCGGGUGCAGGUGGAGGGCCGAGCACCCAAAAAUGCACCGACUAAAGGGAACACAACAUGAAUAAAAGAAAAUAUGACCCAAGUUACCAUUUUUAUGUGUCUCCAUUCCAAACAGCAUUCUAAGCCUGUAAUGAACUCAAGUCCCUGGACAACAAAAGCAGUUAUGGAGAGCAACGUGUGCACGUGCUCGUGUCCUUGCCACGCAGCACAGAGCAAGGGAGCAACAACAAAAGAGAAAACUCGAAGUCGAUGAAAAAAAUUACAGAUCAAUAUCAGCGCGGGUUGUUUUGGAGGAAACGCUCUCCCUCCAUUGUUGCUGUUUCACAUGAUGGGACAGAUAAGAACUUUUAAAGUUGAUUAAGGGUCUGAAGGGCUGUUUAGGAACAGUCACGACAAGCGACUGGAGAGAGGAAUAAUACCUAAAACUGCUUUUGAUUGAGCCUGGGCCUUUUGAAGAGAAGGGCACACUCCUGAGGUCAAAGCGAGGAACGGCGAGCGUUCGGAACUGGAAAUAGCUUUGGGAAUGCCGUGGGUGCCUGUACGCAACAGAUGAUGGUGGCAACGUUUGUUCCCAUUUCAAUUUCUCCGAGAAAGACUUCUGGAAGGGAAUUGAUUGAUUCAGCAAUUAAUUCUCUACUGAACCCUAAAUAGCUCAGUGGUCAUAUCAGAUAUGGCCGGUGUGCUGAACAACCGCUUUGGGUUUUCUAUAAUGAUAGAAUAAACUAGUAGACUGGCACUUGUUCCUUUUUUUCAAGAUGAUAAUUGUUUUUUGUUCUGAUGAGCUGUAGCAUAGGAGGAAAUAUUUUGCUAAGAACAAUAGAACUGAUCAAUUCUCUAAAUUUGCUUUGGUUUCUUUCCCAGCAGCUUCGAACCACCACACCGGCAUUUACAUGAAAUGUUGCAACAAAUCAGAAGUGAAUUUUGAUGUUUCUUUUUUUCUUUUUCUUUUAGUUACUAACAAAAACAAACGUGUGUGUGUGUGUGUGUGUGUGUGUGUGUGUGUGUGUGUGUGUGUGUGUGUGUGUGUGUGUGUGUGUGUGUGUGUUCCAAAUUCUGAUGUUUUUACCUAUAAUUCACGUGCUAGACACUAGUUGUUAUAAGUUAAAGCCUUUUGGUUCCUGAGGAGGUGUAAAAACUCAUUAUUUAUAAUCACAGCUUGGUUCAUAAAGGGCGUUUUCACUCUGAUACUUUAUUGUUGCUAGAAGUCGCUGAUCGAUGGAUGCUAACCCAGCUUUUCAGUUCAGCUAAUGUACAUGCAUGGAUAUCUGUAUAUAGAGCUGCAGCCUUCUGCCCUUUUAAUGUCUCUGAUGAGGAUUGUAUGAAUAAAUCUGUACAGCUAACACUGUUUGUUAAAAAAAAUAAAAAGUUAAAAAGCCUUAUAGUUGUUUUAAAAAAGUGCAGCAGCUAAGUACACAGCGAACCAGGGGGUUUGUUUGGGGACAGAGCUCCACCGUGUGACCGACCGCCUGUGGCUUCUGGCCUCUCCCAGCUGCUCAAACAUCUGGAUUCCAAACCUUCGUGGGAGAGUUACUCACCAAGGCACUGAUGAGGACUGGACUUUAGACACAACCAGUAACCAGAGAUUUGGUGUGAGGGUCUACAGCUAUACCUGUGGUCGGUGACUCGGAGCUCUGCCCCCUGAGAUGUGAGGCUCUGUGACCUUCUAUGCAACUUACCAGGUGUACUGUUAGACCUGUCAUGUAGACUAUAAUCACUGCCUUUUAGACACUGUGAAUUUUUUUGUACCCUAUAUUUUUGUAUAUUGUACAAUAUUAAGGACAAUAAACCUUGAUACCAACACA